GAAUUAUUUUGCCCUUUUUGGGGGGGGUCUUUGAAGUGCUGAGGAUUUGGGGCUGUGCACUGUGCUGUUGAUGUGUUUGUAUUCCUGUGACAGUAUCACUUGUGAAGCUGUUUUGUGACUCUGGGAAUUCCUUAAGCCUAGGUGGGAAGGAUCAAUGUGCUGUUCAAGCUUCAAAUAUUCAAUGAACUUCUUUCCCCCUGGAGAUUGGAUUAAUAAGUAUUUCCAUGGUAAUAAAAAUAGGUAUGAGGGUGUUGAUCAUAAUCAGCUGUUGUAGAUUAUGAAAAUGUAAUUACAGUCUACAAAGAAACAGGAAAGUAAACAUUAACAUUUUACUGACCAAGCUGAAUGAAAUACAGAAAUCAUUGGAAUUGGGCAGAAUACAGGAAUUUGGGCACUUUCUGCCCCUUGAACUGGGAGGAUUGCACUUACAACGAGCUCUGUAAUUGCUGUAAGCACAUGUUGUUUGCAAGACAUGAAUAUUGUGAAUUGCAUAAAUGCAACCUCCUCUCAAAUACUUAUUUUUGCAAUAAAUACUUCAAGAACCAGUUGCUUAAUUGCCUGAUUGUGACAAGCAAGACAAGGCUGAAACAAAAAAGUGAGUGAAAACUGAAGUAUUCUGCUGGAAAAUGGGGCUGUAUUGAAAGUUGCUGCCCUCCAAAAGGAUUUUUCGUGAGCUGAGCUCUGCUGCUGUUGUGCAUAAGCUGCUCUCUUUGCCAGUUGAGAUAAAUACAUCUUUGAUUUUGGCCAGUCUUUUCAGUCCAUCCUCUGGAGCACGUUCUGAGCCCGGUCUGUCAAAGGCCACUGAAUUUUGUCAGUGUUAGGAGUUGCAUAACUCCUUUGUGAGUAAUUACUGGCAGUGACGUGGAUGACUCAGCUCUACCUAGUUCAGUGCAUCUCUCAGAAUCUCCACAAUCGCCUGGUGUUCUGGUCGGGAGAGAAAGUAAAACGUUGCCCCUGAUUUGAGUGCCCUCAGCCAUUGCAACAACGUACAGAUUUUGUAAAGAUCUGGGAGAACAAGUUGCCUUAAAAAAAAAAAAAAAAGUAUGCACGUUAAUGCUCUUAAAGAGAAAACAAUGAGUGUCUUUAUGCACUGAGAAGUGCUGCAGUACAGUAAUAAUGGUGGUGGGUUUGUGUACCACUUCUGAAAUUGCUUUUGGAAAUCUGCUCUAGUAUUCUGAGUCUCUGACAGGAAGCAGGUAGCUCACCUUGCUUCCUGCUGGAUACCUUUGGGAACACUUCACAAUAACCCUAAAUCCAAAGAAUGGUAUGGUUUGUUUACUCCUCAUUGGUAGAAUUCUGCUAUUCAUGUAGUACUUCACUACAUGAGGAAUAAAAUUUGAGAUAGUUGCUUUCCUCAGGUUUACAUCUCAUCCUUUUCCAGAAUUACCUGCCAUUGAACAUAAUUUGGAGACUGGCUGCUUUGUGCCCUUUGAUUCUGGAGUUAAGGUUAUGUACACAGGCAGGAAUGAAAAGAUCUCAAGUCCUUUGCUAAUUCACCGAUCCCUGUGCUUGGGGUCAGCUUUGUGUCUUGUCAGAGCUGUAACUUGUUGGAGGCACACGUAAUUCUCCCUUGAUCUGAUAAUGGGAAGGAUCAAAAUGUUCUUUUAAAAUCACUAAUUAUAUGUUGCUGAAGGUUUGGUGUCCUGUCUAAAUGUAUGAUUUAUUUGCCACAGGAAAAGAACUUUGUAGCUCUCCCUAGUAACUGAUUAUGGGUUUCAGGUGUUUUAGAUUGCUUUAUCUCCCUUUUUCACUUGGUGUGUUGAAGAGUGUGAGGGAGUUUAGAGGCCUCUUCCCUUUGUGGGGGGAAUUGAGGGAGUGGGGCUGGCCCAGAAUUUGUGUAGGUGGGGAGUGGAUGUGCCCAGAACCCUCAAACUCCUCAGACCUAUCUCAGGAAAUCCUCAGGAGGUCAGUGUGUUGCUAAUUAAAUUAAUGGUGCAAGCUCUCUGUAGAUGUAAUUAAGAAUAAAUGAGGAACAAAUGUGGUUGUCCUGUCAGGAUAUUUUUUUUUUUCUAAGUCUUUUUGACAUAAUUGGGAUUUCUGAUGUAAGCUUCCACUCAAAUAUUUUGAAAUAACUACUUGAAGGGUUCCUUCUGUUUGUGGGGAAGGAAACUGCUUAUUCCUGUGUCCAUGUGGGAGAACUGAGGUGCAGCUCUGGGAGCACCCCAGUAACUUCCCAAAUGGAGCUCAGGGAAGGAGGAGCUGUGGAGGAUACAGGAGCUCUUGGUGGCCCUUGGGGAGAAUUUUACCUGUUUGAAGCCAGACAGGAUGUUUGGUGAGUGGUGCUGAAUUCUGCUUUUUAUUUCUAAUUAUAGCAUGAUGAUAAAAUUCCCAGCUCUGCUUUUUCUAGAAUUUUAAAAAUUCUGUUUGAAUCCCUCAGCAAAGACAUAUAAAACCAGGGCAGGAUACACCUGCUUUACAUCUUCCACUGGUUUUCCUGGAAUUAGGCAUUUUUGCUGACCUUUUCCCUGGCUUCUUUCAACCAAAACCUGUAGACCCACCAAGUCCUAAGGAAUUUACCAUGUAAACAAUGAAAAUGUCCUUAAUAUGGGAGGGGGGAAGAUGGUUCCAAUCUUUGGUAAUACUGGGAAUACUCUGUUCUGCUGUACUCAUCAGAGGAAGAACAUGUGCAAUUGUCAUUAAGCCUUUUCCCAGCCCUUUGGAUAUUCUCCCAAGGUAGCAGGGAUGAGAUCCAUUUGAUCCAGAGGCACAUUGCUCCCAAGGGAACAGGGAUGGUCCCAGCCAUGGGAUCCAUUUGAUCCAGAGGCACAUUGCUCCCAAGGGAACAGGGAUGGUCCCAGCCAUGGGAUCCAUUUGAUCCAGAGGCACAUUGCUCCCGAGGGAACAGGGAUGGUCCCAGCCAUGGGAUCCAUUUCAUCUAGAGGCACAUUGCUCCUGAGGGAACAGGGAUGGUCCCAGCCAUGGGAUCCAUUUCAUCUAGAGACACAUUGCUCCCGAGGGAACAGGGAUGGUCCCAGCCAUGGGAUCCAUUUGAUCCAGAGGCACAUUGCUCCCGAGGGAACAGGGAUGGUCCCAGCCAUGGGAUCCAUUGAUCCAGAGGCACAUUGCUCCCAAGGGAACAGGGAUGGUCCCAGCCAUGGGAUCCAUUGAUCCAGAGGCACAUUGCUCCCAAGGGAACAGGGAUGGUCCCAGCCAUGGGAUCCAUUUCAUCUAGAGACACAUUGCUCCUGAGGGAACAGGGAUGGUCCCAGCCAUGGGAUCCAUUUGAUCCAGAGGCACAUUGCUCCCGAGGGAACAGGGAUGGUCCCAGCCAUGGGAUCCAUUUCAUCUAGAGACACAUUGCUCCUGAGGGAACAGGGAUGGUCCCAGCCAUGGGAUCCAUUUCAUCUAGAGGCACAUUGCUCCCGAGGGAGCAGUUGGCACCCUCAGCCUGCACCUCUGCUGGACUAAAUGGCCUUAAAAUGGCAGAUGAGCCUAUGGAAGAAGGUGAACCAUAUUCCUAUCAUGAUGAAGGAAGUGUGAAAGAAAUUCCUAUUACACACCAUGUGAAAGAAGGAUGUGAGAAAGCAGACCCAGCACAGUUUGAACUCCUUAAGGUUCUUGGACAGGGAUCAUUUGGAAAGGUCUUCCUCGUGAGGAAGAUAAUUGGGCCUGAUGCUGGGCAGCUUUAUGCAAUGAAAGUGUUGAAAAAAGCUUCUUUAAAAGUUCGGGACAGAGUCCGGACCAAGAUGGAGCGCGACAUCCUGGUGGAGGUGAACCACCCGUUCAUCGUCAAGCUGCACUAUGCCUUUCAGACUGAAGGGAAGCUCUAUUUAAUAUUGGAUUUUCUCAGGGGAGGAGAUGUAUUCACACGAUUAUCCAAAGAGGUUAUGUUUACAGAGGAAGAUGUGAAAUUCUACCUCGCAGAGCUGGCCCUUGCUUUGGAUCACCUUCACAGCUUGGGAAUUGUGUACAGGGACCUGAAGCCAGAAAACAUUUUGCUUGAUGAAGCAGGACAUAUCAAGUUAACAGACUUUGGACUCAGCAAGGAAUCAGUAGACCAAGAGAAGAAGGCCUAUUCUUUCUGUGGUACUGUAGAGUACAUGGCUCCUGAAGUGGUAAACAGGCGAGGGCACAACCAGAGUGCUGACUGGUGGUCCUUUGGGGUCCUCAUGUUUGAAAUGCUUACUGGUACCCUGCCAUUUCAAGGUAAAGAUCGAAAUGAGACUAUGAAUAUGAUUCUGAAAGCAAAGCUGGGAAUGCCUCAGUUCCUCAGCCCUGAAGCACAGAGUCUCCUGAGGAUGUUGUUUAAAAGGAACCCAUCAAAUAGAUUGGGAGCUGGUUCAGAUGGAGUUGAAGAAAUCAAGAGACAUCCCUUUUUUUCUACUGUUGACUGGAAUAAACUGUUCAGAAGAGAAAUUCAGCCUCCAUUCAAACCUGCCUCUGGAAAGCCAGAAGAUACUUUCUGUUUUGAUCCAGAAUUCACAGCAAAAACACCAAAAGAUUCUCCAGGGGUCCCACCCAGUGCAAACGCCCACCAGCUCUUCAAGGGAUUUAGUUUUGUUGCAACUACUACUGUAGAAGACCAUAAAAUAUCACCCCUCACCAACAUCCUGCCCAUAGUCCAGCAGCUUCACGGAAACAGUGCACAGUUCACUGAUGUCUAUGAACUGAAGGAAGAUAUUGGUGUGGGCUCCUACUCUGUUUGCAAGAGAUGCAUCCACAUAGCUACAAACAUGGAGUUUGCUGUGAAGAUAAUUGAUAAAAGCAAAAGGGAUCCCUCAGAAGAAAUCGAGAUUCUCAUGCGUUAUGGGCAACAUCCAAAUAUUAUUACUUUAAAGGAUGUGUAUGAUGAUGGCAGAUUCAUCUACCUGGUCACGGAGCUGAUGAAGGGGGGGGAGCUGCUGGACCGGAUCCUGCGGCAGAAAUUCUUCUCGGAGCGGGAGGCCAGCGCUGUGCUCUUCACCAUCGCCAAGACCGUGGACUACCUGCACUGCCAGGGGGUGGUGCACCGAGACCUUAAACCCAGUAAUAUUUUAUACACUGAUGAUUCAAACAAUGCUGAUUCCAUCAGGAUUUGUGAUUUUGGAUUUGCAAAACAACUUCGAGGAGAAAAUGGAUUACUUCUGACUCCCUGCUACACUGCAAACUUCGUGGCACCAGAGGUUCUCAUGAGACAGGGAUAUGAUGCUGCUUGUGACAUAUGGAGCUUGGGAGUUCUCCUUUACACAAUGUUGGCAGGCUAUACUCCGUUUGCCAAUGGUCCCAAUGAUACUCCUGAGGAGAUCCUAGUACGGAUAGGCAGUGGAAAAUUCUCUCUGAGUGGAGGCAACUGGGACACUGUUUCAGAUGCAGCAAAGGAUUUGUUGUCACACAUGCUGCACGUGGAUCCCCACCAGCGGUACACGGCCGAGCAGGUGCUGAAGCAUUCCUGGAUUGCCUGUAGGGACCAGCUGCCUCAUUACCAGCUCAACAGGCAAGAUGCCCCACAUCUAGUAAAGGGAGCCAUGGCUGCUACAUAUUCUGCACUGAAUCACAAGACAUUUCAGCCAGUGCUGGAGCCUGUGGCAGCCUCCAGUUUAGCUCAGCGACGGAGCAUGAAAAAGCUCACAUCCACAGACUUAUAGAUCCACUGGGACACCUGAGCAGACACAAGCAAGGGGGAAACCCAACAAGUGGCUCUAUUUUGCCUGACCUGUGAUCAAAAGGCAUCUAUGGUUUCCUGCUACACUACUUGAAUUCUGUAAAAGUCCUUUUUUUAAAAAGAAAAAAAAAAUCCACAGGUUCAUACUGUGUUUGUUUUACAGGCCGUAUCUGUUAAGUUAAUUUAAACAUCAGGUACACCAUAAUGAAUUUCUCUACACUGUCCUUUGAGAUCUGUUGCAAAUAUUCUUUCACAUUCUGUAUAGUUUUGCUGGGUUCAGUUAAAAAAAAAAUGGUUUAGGGGACCGUUGCCAAUGACCAAGUUGUACAUAAAGUGUCAGUGUGAGUUUUCUUGCUUCACACCUUCAGACCCUGCUGUGAAGAGCAAAUUCUUCAUUUUGUCAUUGGGCACUUCAUUGAUUCAACUCAAUUCCUUUCCGUUGUCCAUGACUAUUAUGCAGAGUUGAGCCAUGUGAUGUGCCAGAGCUAAUUCAUCACUGUUGAUUUGGUAGGUCUGUGUUUGCCUGGAGCCAGUAACUGAGGAGUUUCUGUGGAAAUGCAAACCAAAGGGAUGUGCAAGAUCCUGCACUUCAAUUUGAUCUCUUGUGACCCAAAAGAAAUGCUGGUUAUGGCCUCUGACAGGAAAACAAACAUUUCUGGUUGUUACCACAAAUGGUGUCCUGCAGUGUGCUGGAGAAAGUCAAUAUGUGCAUAAACUGUCAAAAUUCAGGCUCUCAGAAACAUUGGUGCCACUUCAAAACAACAUCACGCAGCUCAAUCCUUUGUUAUUUAUAUUUCCCAUCCAUUAAUACAGCUACUGUGUUAUUUUCCUCAGCAGUCUUUCCACUAAAUACACCCAAUAUUAGGUUUGUUUGGCAUAUGAGACAAACUGACACUUUAUUAUAACCAACUUGGCACUUGGGGUUUAUUUUUUAUUUAUUUGGGUUUUUUUAAUAGAAGGUUGCUUCUUUCUGACUCUCUCGCCGCAUGUACAAAUAUUACAGAACAGAAAUGCAAAAUUCUCUUUGCCUAACUGUAGGGGUAGCUUGGGAAAAUAAAUAAGCCUUGCUGUGUGCCCAGAUAAGGGAAUUCUGACCAAGAAAUUUCACAGUUAUGGACAAAUUCCUUUCAGCAUCCUGUGGCCAGCACUCACUCUCCUCUCUGUCUGGUGUUGGGACUUCAGCUGUUCCCAAAUGCUGGGAUGGAGAGGAAAUUCAUUUCAGGGCCAGAAUUACCUUGGGGUUUCCUGACUCCAAACCAAUGCUAACUGCUGGUAGUUCAUUCAGAGAUACACUUAGAAGUGUUUUCAAAACUUGUAGACACUGAGCAGUUGUAGUGACAUAGCAGGAUGAUUUUAAAUAUUAAAUAUGUUAGUGACAUUAGGCUGUGAAGUGACCAAAACUCAAACAUAGUUCAGACUCAUUUGUCAUCGUUGAAUUUUCAAAUGCAAGGCCCCAGGGCUGGCAGAAAUCAGUGUUUUGAGACAGCAAAAAAAAAACUUCCAGGAGAAUUCUGGCCCAAGCACCAGAAGUGGUGGUGACAACUCACAUCUCAAAAGAGGUGUUGGCUGGUUUUUGCUUAUACCUGUGAAGGACUUGGUGGUGUUGGAAAUACUUUUAGAUAAGCUGCUUUCUUCUGUUGUGGUGGGGGAAGAUGGACAUUAUCUGGCCAAAUAGUUAGGUAUGAAUAUAUGUAGAUUUGAGACUUAAUGAUAUAGCCAACAUAGGUGUGCUCUUUGUAUCACACAGAACAUCCCCCAGAUGGAAUUUCUUGAGUAUUUGAUAGAUGUUGGAAGCUUUAGGGGCCAUUUGUGCCUAGUUUUGAGGUGCCUGUUUGAAAUGCUUGAAAACUUAUCAAAGAACACAACUGCUUCCUGGAAAGCUCUUUGUUUAGUACAAAGUCUGCCCCUUUUGCAGCUGCUUCAUCCUCCUUUUCCUUAAUGAAGACUUUUCCCAGCAAGAAUGCCUGGAAACCUCUUGUCUAACACUCUGUCAGGGUCAUUUUAAUGUAAAUUUAAAGAUGACUGCCAGAAGAAUUCGGAUUCAAUUAAAAAAACGCAAAAGUGAUGGGAAUUAAACCCCCUGAGCCCAGGUCGAGGUGUACUGUGGGUUGAAAUGUAGUCCUAAAAGCUGUGUUGGGGAUAAGAGGUAAUGCAAGGUCUGGAAUACAAUGAAAAUGUCAAACUUGAAUUGUCUUCAGCUUUCCUGUAAGGCAGCAGCUGGUCUUUAAUGGCUUUACCCAUGAAUCAUUUAACAGUGUUUCUGUUGGUAUUUUCUUUUAGCUUGCUUAGAAGCACCACAGAAUAAGCACCUUAAAAGCAUUUUGCACAAGAGCAGUUGGAAGCAGCUGAAGGGACUCAAGUUGUUCUUGAUGUGCAGCACAAAGGUGGUGAGAGAAAAAGAACACAAACAAGAUGGAUGUUCUGAUUCAUUGCUGAGUAUUUAAAACAUUUCCUGGAAAGUUAUCCCUGUUCUAUAUCACUGCUGGCCUUUAGUGCAAGUGGUACUUCAGGGAUAAAAGCAACAUUACAAAGUUGUCUUAUUGUGGGGAAAACAUAUGGAUGUGUUAUAUCUGACAGGCCAGUGUACCCUGGUAUGCCACAUAGAAUCCUUAUUUAGGGGGAAGAGUUCCCUUGCUCUAUUUCAGCAUAUCAGUCCUGGAAAUAUUUGGGAUAUGCAGGAACACAGAGUUCACUUGCAGUUUACUUUUACUGUAUUUAAGGAUCAUCUUUGUGAGGCUCCUUUGGGAAUUCCUUGCCUGUUUCUCAUCCCUUUCUUUCCCAGCUUAGGUUUUGAUAUCUAAAAGUAGCAUGGUCUGCUGACGAGCUGUCAGGUAAGGGUUUGAGAUGGAAGAGCAGGUACUGGGAAAGUGCUCUGGCUGCAGUGCAAGGUUGGUGGAAAUUGUUUCUGUCAUCGGGCACAGUUCAAGUUUACAAACUGGUGAUGUUCUCACUGCCUUACUGAGUUAGAAAAAAAAGUCAAAUUUUCACAAAGGCUCAUAAUUACACAGAAGUAGGCAUUCAGACUAAAGUAAUUUCCACAGAACUAAAUCUGAAGUGAUAGAAUAUUUUGGCUGUGGCUUCCUGCCAGAAAAGCUCCUGCUCUGGUGUUUGGUGAUGAUCAUUAUCGGUUCCACUCUGAUGCACACAGAAAGCAGAUUCCCACUGGAGCUGGAGUGGGCUCAGGACCUCUUUUGCUGUUCUUUCACCCCAGGAUAUCUCAGUUUGUACCUUCAGUUGUCCCUUGGAUAUAAAAUGAGGAGCUCUGUUGUAUUCCUGUUCCAUAUCCAGAAACUGCAGUGGCACCACAGUGAGCCUGUGGUGGGGUCACAGGGCCCUUCCUGAGAGCUUUCCUGGUUGGGUCCAUUCAAGCCCUGAUCUGUGGCUUGUGUGGUUUUCUUCUUUUCCCCAUUUUGCUCCAAUCAGUGAGUUCCCCUUGCCCAUGCCAGGAGGUGCAGGGGGCUGAGCCCGCUCUUCCUUUGAGGCCUCUGUUGUUUGAAUGUUCUUGCAGCCAGAGAAGGCAUCCAAAACCUCACCCAAGUCAGUCAUGUUGAGCUUGAAUUUUGUCUUCCGUGUUUUAAUUCCUUCUCCAAAGCUGAUCUUCAGCUGUCCAAUAGUUAAAAUAACCUCUGGCAAGCUUCAGCAGGUGGGAGUUCCUUGCAGUGUACUUAGAGACUGGUCUGUAGAGCUGUGUUAAUUACACAAGGUUAUAAUAAUUCUCCUGGUUUGUAUCGGUGAAAUUAGGCUAAAACAUCAAUGCAAACACAGGGUUUUAUGUAUUUCUGUAGCACUUAAGCUUUUCAGUCCUAUCCAGAACUAAAAGUUUGCAGAUAUUUGUGGGAGGGGAAUGAGGAGCAGUUUUUCUUUCUCAAAGUUUCCAGAAAGCUUCUGAAGCUGUGAUCAUAAUAGAGUCCUUAUGUAAUCCCAUAGGAACUCUGUAGGGUUAAAAAGAUAAAAUUCUCCUUAAAAGUUUGUUCCAAAGCUCUUUGAGGUGUGCACUGAUAGCUGUUGGUAACACCCCUGCACUUCAUUCAUACCACACCAGACUUCUGCGUCAAUAUCUGUCCCUGCUCCAGUUAUUUUUAAAUAUUUGCUCCUCCUAAUUCUCCCGUUCCUUGGGAAUAGAAGAAUGGAUGCAAAUUUGAAAACCCUCUCACCCGUAAUAUAUGGCUGAAGCUGAUUGAGUAUUAUAAUGAUUUGCAUAUUUAGAAAGUCUCCCACAAAAUCAUUAGCAGCUGGUUUUCUUGAGAUUUUUCCUGUGUAAUGAAAACAAACUUUCUCUGAAAGCUUUAAAAGAUACUUAAUUGAUUAUAUCUCUUAAUUAUUAAUUUUUGGGCAAUAGCUUAUUACCAAUAGUGAGUUUGAAUAACUCUGAAUUCUCUUGUGGGGUUUUUCACACGAGGAUGCUGGAGGUGGAUCUGCUUUGCAGGACCAAGUGUUCAGGUUUGGGUGUUUUCAUUAGGCUUUUGAGCAGUGUUUGCUAAUUAACUAAUUAAUUGCAUUGUCUUAAUGUCCCAAGCACUUUGGCAUCUUGCACUGAUGCUCUGGUUAGAGCUGAAACUCUCCUGGCACGUGGCUAAAUCUCCAUAAAGGGCAUUAAUUGAGAACAGUGUGCAAUGGAUUCCAUGCUCUCUGAGGUACUUCAAAGAUGAAACUCUACACAAGGUCCCCGUUAUCAGAUAUUGUAACUGUCAUUUCCUUCUCUUAAGCAUAUUGUGGAUUUUGUAUCAUACUGUAUUUAUUUCAUUUAAUUUUAAAAGAAAUGUUUUCUUUAAAGCUCUGUAUAUAUUGACAUUAAAGUUUGCAUUGUACUACGUUCUCCUCUUCUUGCGAGGCUGGGUCUGGCAGUGCAGUGGUGUUUCUCUUGGCACUGCUCCUUCAAGCACAGCACACCAAAGACAACCUCAAAACUAUUUAUUUUUGUCAAACUCCCUGAAUAAUCAUAAAGGUACAGUUUUAAUUAGCUGGCAGUUCCUUGAGUACUAGAAUGAAAGGGUUGCAAAUUCAUAACAUUUGGUAAUUGACAGAAAUCCAUCACUUCUGCUUUGGAAAUUUGCUUGCUUCUGUUUUUCAAAUGGAUAUAAAAAACAAUGAGCAAA